GUCGCUGUGCAUUAACUACUUUGUCGAACCAACAAUGACUUUAUUAUUGUGUUAGUGUAAUGUAUUUCUGUGCAAAAUAGUGUUAAAACAAAAUUGUUACCGUUAAUUAAUUGUUGUGUGCAUUAUAUUUAAUUUCCACAUUUUCCCUAACCCAAACAAACCUCCAAUUUAUUUGUCACCGUAAAUUGGCAUUUGCCCAGAUUAGAAGAUACGGAAGUUCACGGGUCAGAACUGUUAUAAUUUCCUGAAAAUAAGUUAAUUCAAGUUUCAAAAAAGUAAUAUCAUCAGUGAUUUAGCGAAAUUUCAAGUUAUCAUAAAUCAAAACCCUCAAACUGUCGUACGUUCAAGGGCUUAACCUUGAUUGCAACUCUCAUUGAAAGCUGGCAUGACAUCAUGGAAAUAGUCGAUGAGGAAAUGUACUCGAACGACCCCGCUGUCUCCGGGGAGGAGAUCGUCGAAGAAUGGCUGUCUCUAUUCGCCACCGAGACACUAACCACUGCCCACUUCAAGCAGCACUGGAAGGAAUGGGUCCCCAAGAUCUACAGCCCCCCGCUGAACGAGAGCUGCCUAAACUGGCGAUUUGACGAGCAACGAGGCCAAAAGAUCCUUUUCAAAACGCUAGAAGAGUUCAUCUGCAGCGGCAACCCUAGUUCGGUGCUCACAAGACUGAGUGAAAUGGACAAACCACCAUCAGUCUGCGGAAAAGUCUUCAAAUUAGGUGAACCCACUUACAGCUGUCGGGAAUGCGGCAUGGACAACACGUGUGUCCUCUGCGUGGACUGCUUCAAGCACUCCGAACACCGUUUCCACAAGUAUAAAAUGGGCACGUCGCAAGGGGGCGGCUGCUGCGACUGCGGCGACGUAGAAGCGUGGAAGAAGGCCCCUUUUUGCGAAAUCCACAUCGCGGGCACUAAGGACGGAGACACCAACAAGAGCCUCCCUGAAGACGUCAAAAAACGCACACAGUUGGUGUUUGAAGCUGUUCUAUGGUACGCUUACAACCUACUCAACACAGGGCAGAUUUCAGAUAUUAGACUAGGGGACAUUUCUGACAGUUUCUUUGACAAUGAUACCUACUGUACCAUCUUGUAUAACGACGAAAUUCAUACUUUUGAGCAAGUUAUCUCGACGUUAACUAGGGUUUUAAAAUGUAAUCAAAGAACGGCGAUUGAAUUCGUCACGAAUAUAGACCGAGAAGGGCGAGCCGUUGUCAAGUGUUCGUCGUUCCAGCAUUGCAAUGAAUUAAAACAAGACAUUGAAAAAUACACUUCGCGACAUGGCAAUAAACCGCUGAAGGUUUUAGUAAAUCAUGCUUAUGUCAUCGCCCACCAAGUCUACGCCAUGAAGUUGUUAACCUGGUUGCAAAACUUCCUAGGACACGGGGCCGGCUUCAGGGCUAUUUUCGCCCAAGUCGCAUUGGAAACCCCCCAGAACGAAAACUGUAUCAUCAAAGGUAUUCUUCUCAAAGACUCCACUCUUUGGAAAAGCGCCAGAUCGCAAUGGCAACGCCUCCUCAUUUCCGGGAUGCUCCUAGAAUACGAAAACAAGAAAGAGUUGGCGAAGAUUUUCACCAAAAACUACGGGCCCGUAAUGAAGGAUUUUAUCAAGGACGACCACGACCAUUCAUUUUCGAUUUCGUCACUAUCUGUACAGUUAUUCACGGUUCCGACUUUGGCGCACCAUUUAAUUGCUUGCGACGACGUUUUGUACAUCCUCUUGAACACCUUCAUGUCUGAAUGCUCCGGGAAAUGUAACAAAGCCGGGAAACUGGAAUUCGAGAGAAGUCCAUCGAGCGCGGCUUUCAAAAGAGCGCACUUCAUGCUUCACGACUUGCGAUAUCUCUUGAGCUCGAUUCCCGAAAACUGGAAUGACGAUUUACGCAAAAACUUCCUUCACGGGUUGUUCAUUAUGCUUAAUUUAUUCACGAAAAUGCAAGGAAUGGAUGCGGUAACUAGGCAAGUGGGUCAGCAUAUGGAGUACGAGCCGGAGUGGGAAUCCGCCUUUAAUCUUCACAUUCGGUUAGCUUACUGCAUCUCUUUGGCUAUUAAGUGGUGCAGUACUGACAGAGUCGUGUUGGUUAAAGCCUACAGAGCUGUAUUGAAGAAGUUGGACGAAAACCCGUGCUAUGACCCUCACGAGCGCUGGGAAGCCAUAGAACUAGUCGAUCAUAGCGCUUCUUGUAUAAUGUACGACGUAGCGUUAAAACCGGUUUCCAUCCAUCUACCCCUGUCUCGCUUCCUGGCGGGUUUACACCUAUACCUAGAGAAGUUUGAUAUUCAUUUUGAUGAAAUGCAAGCGCCGAAACCGACUCCGGUAGAAAUCAUGGAACCGGUGUUACGGGCUCAGGUUAUGAUAGCCCAGGUACAUGCGGGAAUGUGGCGAAGAAAUGGCUACGCACUUUUGAACCAACUCUACUUUUACCAUAACGUCAAAUGCCGAACUGAAAUGCUCGAUCGAGACAUAACACUCCUCCAAAUGUGCGCUUCGUUAAUCGAAAGCAACGAAUUUCUGAUUCACGUUUUGCACAAAUUCAAUUUAAUCAACUGGGCUUCGGCCGAUUAUGAAGUGACCAGUUUAAAGUCGCCUGAAGAAGAUAGCAUGAGACAGACUAUAAGUUUAGUGGAAGAAUUUUUACAACUUCUUAUUGUAGUAAUAGGGGAGAGGUACAUGCCGGGAAUUAGCAGCGUCACCACUGAAGAUAGAAUCAAGAAAGAAAUUAUUCAACACCUAUGUAUUAAACCGAUGCCCCAUUCGGAGCUUAAUAAGAUCAUCACUGACGACAUCGCCCACGAAACCGCCUUAGAUGACGUCAUCGAUGAGUUAGCAGUCUUCAAGAAACCCACACAGACUUCCGGGAAAGGUGUCUAUGAGUUGAAGGACCAGUUCUUUGAUGAUUAUAACGUGUUCUUUUAUCACUACACCAGAGAAGAGUUAUCAAAAUCUGAAGAAGCGCAGCGAAAGCGGCGUAAAGGAGCCGGUGAUUUGGAAUGUUGUCCCCCACCGAGACUCCUCAAAUUAAACGAGUCCUUCCACAUGUUAGUCAACUUGUUACAAUGCGACGUGAUGCUCCACAUCAUGCAGAUCGUGCUCGAACGCUGCAUCAAUUUACGAGCCAGAAGCUACUCAGAGUUACAAUUACAUAAAGUUUUACACUUAAUCGGGUACGCGUUACAGGAGGAAGAAUCCAAGAACUACCCCUUCUUUAAAUUCAUCAUCAACUCAUCUAAAUUUAACAUUUUCAACCUCGUAACUGAGCUUCUCGAAUGUCCGCGGUUAGACGCUCACAAGGGGUUAGUCAAGUGGGUUUUGCGAAAAUACAAAGACGUGGCAAACCAAAAAGGUAAUGAGGGUGGUAGCAGCAGCGACGGCGGCGAAACUUCCACUAGUACCAACAUCGACAACGAAAAAGAACGACGCGCGAAAAUGGCAGCGGAAAGAAGAGCCAAAAUCAUGGCUCAAAUCACCGCCAUGCAGAAAACUUUCAUGAAAGAGAACGCGGAGCUUUUUGAGGAAACUAACAUCGAGGGGUCGGUGAAGGCGCCAAAGUUGGACGAUCUGGCGAUGGACGUGAGCGAAAGCUGCGAGGAGCAACCAGUGGCUUUGGGUUCCAAACAAACCACUAGAAUAGGGAUUGAAAAAACCUACGUUUGUAUUCUGUGUCAAGAAGAAGAGAAGGUUACCAAGGACGGGCCGACGCUUGUGCUGGCCGCUUUCGUCCAACAGUCCACCGUUCUGUGCCAACACAAAAACAAUGAAGUUCUGACGAGUAUGCAAGACCCUUUGUACCUAAAUUCGAACCUAGGGCCCGCCCCCCAUACCAGUACGUGUGGCCACGUAAUGCAUAGCGAGUGUUGGAGGAAGUACUUCGAUAAUGUGAUGAUAAGGGAGCACAGGAGGCCGUACAGAUUGCGACAUCCGGCGAGCUUUGAUGUUGAUAAGCAGGAAUUCCUGUGCCCUCUUUGCGAGUGUCUUAGUAACACAGUGUUGCCUUUGGUACCUCCGUUGAACAUUCUUCAGCCGAGUCACCCGAAGAACUUGUCCACGUACGACGAGUACUUAGCUUGCGUGGAUGUCAUCUUGAAGAAGAAGGUCAAAGUUUGUCACGGUAUUCUCAAGUGUAGUGCCGCUGAUUGUUCCAAUGUUCACUGCAGCGCGUGUUUGAACGGCUCGAAUGGUACCAAUCUAGAUUCCGAGUCGAUGUCGAUUUGCGAAGCCAACUGCUUACUGCAGCCUUACCAAGUCUUCUAUUCUUGUAUUUUCGACAACGCUAGUGAGGAUUUCGGAGAUUUGCAAAGUAAAUUCGAGGGGUUGUUCCCUGGGGAGUGUCCUGAGUUAGACGUGAAUUUAAGGGAGAUGGUUCAACUAUUUGCUCAAGUAACUUACACGAGGGGGUUGAAUGUUAACCCCCACCCUUCUGACAAACGGUUAGCACCUAUGGCUUGGAAGUCGCUAUCCUACACCACUCACGCCAUUGAAGUGUUACUGAGGGAUUCAAAUAAACCCCUCUUGGGUAACCUGUCGAGUCGACAACGCGACUGCAUCGAGAGUCUAGUGCGGAUAGUAGGGGUUUUAGGAACCACCUGGAACAACAGCGUCGUCAUCAACAACCACGCUUUGAAUUUGUUGUCGAUUUUGCACGAACACCCAGACGAAGGUCCUUCCAUUCUACAAUGGGACUCAUUCGGGUUUUUGAUCCCUCUAACUUUCGCCUUGCCUAGUCUUGCGGAUAAAGAAUCUCCAACGCCUAUACCCACCGGUGGUACCCUAGAACUACACACGCUUCGAACCGUGUUCCUAGCUCACAUCGUUAAAAUACUCAUCCUGAUGGAUCUGGAAAAAUUGAGCGACUCGAUGGACACGGGCUUGAACGACGACCACGAAAUUCUCGAAGUUCUCAAGACGAUGAAGAAACACAAAGACGGUUUGAGCGGCCACUCGGUAUGGAAGCACGUCCAAGACGCCUGCGUACCGUUCCUGCGAUGCUGCUCUCUGUUUUAUCAUUACUUGACUGAUGUACCUGCACCAUCAGUAUUACUUGAAGUAGGUGGCGACACUUUCGCUAAUAUGUGUACAUAUUUAGAUUUGCCGCAAACACCCAAAGAUCUGUUUAGUUCCGAAAGAGUAUGGAAGUUGGUGAAGAAGUGGUGUAAGCACGAAGAGGUGGAACUAUUUCUUCUAGGGACGCCGCUCCAGGUGGUGCACGAACCCUUGCCGGUUAACCGUUUGAUCGACCUACCAGCGGACUACAGCGAGUUGAUCAACACGGUUUCUACUUUCACUUGUCCGAAUAGCGACGAAGACGCUAGAACUCCCAGUAUGUGUCUGGUUUGUGGCGAGAUUCUUUGCUCACAGAGUUAUUGCUGCCAGAUGGAACUCAAUAAUAUGCACGUGGGGGCUUGUAAUUACCACGCGCAGAUGUGUGGUGCUGGUGUCGGGAUUUUCCUCAGAGUUAGAGAGUGCGAAAUCUUGUUCCUGGCGACUCCGCUCAGAGGAAGUUUCGUUUCUCCGCCAUAUUUAGACGACUAUGGAGAGACUGAUAUGGGGUUGAGAAGAGGGAACCCGUUGAGGUUGUGUACAGAUAGGUACAAGAAAUUGCAAACGUUGUGGUUGAGUCAUAGCAUACACGAAGAGAUCGCAAGAGCAAUAGAGUCAAAUAAUCACGUGAUUACAACGCAAUGGCAUCAUCUAUAGAUUUUUAUCAAAUUGUGAUUUUUUAAUACUAACUAUAUAGAGAUUUGUUGACUAUUUUUUGUGUAUGAGUACUAAUUUAUUUGUUAUCGCAGCUGACUACAACAAUUUCAACAAAAUUUCUUUUAGAAAUUGUACUUACUGUAAAUUUUUUUCACUCUAUCCCACAACACUGUUGUAUAAUUUAGUAGAUGAAAUUACUAUUUAUUAUAGCAAGAGUAAAUAAACAGUUGUAUUAUAUUAUAUGUAACAAUACAAAAGUCUUAAUUA